AAAAUAACUCACUGUCAUAAUCAUUUGGGGGAAACGGCUUUGCCCGAACAGGACUAUAAUUAUUCUAAAUAAGAAGAGGAGUGAUUGCACCGACCGACAGCGACCAAACGACACUGUAACGACAGGGCCCACUGAUCAACCCAGGGCCUGUCUGUCAAGUAGACAUGUUUCAAACUGUCCCCGACACGUCGUCUUACGUCAAGGUAAGACACCACCGUCUCUUCGAUCAGGAGGCGCUAUCAGUGGUGAGUGAAGACCAGUCCUUAUUUGAGCCUCCAUACGCUGCUGCUGCCCCUCUCCCCAAGACAGACAUGACUGCAUCUGGCACACAGGACUACGGCCAGACCCACAAAAUCAACCCCUUACCCCCACAGCAGGAGUGGAUCAACCAGCCAGUGCGGGUCAACGUCAAGAGAGAAUAUGAGCACAUGAAUGGAUCCAGCAAGGAGUCUCCAGUGGACUGCAGCGUGGGUAAAUGCAAUAAGCUGGUGGGGGGUAACGACACUUCUCAGAUCAACUAUGGAAACUACAUGGAUGAGAAGAAUGCCCCUCCCCCCAACAUGACCACCAAUGAGCGCAGGGUCAUUGUACCUGCAGACCCAUCACUGUGGUCCCAGGACCAUGUGCGCCAGUGGCUAGAGUGGGCCAUCAAGGAGUAUGGCCUGUUAGAGAUUGACACUGCCAUGUUUCAGAACAUAGACGGCAAAGAGCUCUGCAAGAUGAACAAGGAUGACUUCCUCCGGCUCACCACCAUGUACAACGCUGAAGUACUUCUCUCUCAUCUCAAUUACCUCAGGGAAAGUAGCUCAUCAUUAUCCUACAAUGCACCAUCUCACGCAGACCCGUCCCCACGCCUGGCUGCAAAAGAGGAACCUUCAUAUGAUGCUGUACGGAGGACAGGAUGGUCAAACAACAUGCACAGUGGCAAAGGCUCACCAGUGGUUACUCAGAAUGUGACCAAAUCCACUGAGCAGCCCAGACCUCAGCCAGACCCCUACCAGAUCCUGGGUCCCACCAGUAGUCGCCUUGCCAAUCCAGGUUCAGGUCAAAUCCAACUGUGGCAGUUCCUCCUGGAGCUCCUGUCUGACAGCGCCAAUGCGGGCUGUAUCACCUGGGAGGGCACCAACGGAGAGUUCAAGAUGACGGACCCUGAUGAGGUGGCGCGGCGCUGGGGUGAGCGUAAGAGCAAGCCCAACAUGAACUAUGACAAGCUGAGCCGUGCACUACGCUACUACUAUGACAAAAAUAUCAUGACCAAGGUGCACGGCAAGCGCUAUGCCUACAAGUUUGACUUCCACGGUAUUGCUCAGGCGCUGCAGCCACACCCCACCGAGUCCUCCAUGUACAAGUACCCCUCGGACCUUGCCUAUAUGCCUUCCUACCACGCCCACCAGCAGAAGGUCAACUUUGUAUCACCACACCCUCCAUCCAUGCCCGUCACCUCCUCCAAUUUCUUUGGACCCACUGCUCCCUACUGGAGCUCACCCACUGCAGGCAUUUACCCCAACCCAAAUGUCCCUCGCCACCCUAACACCCAUGUGCCUUCUCACCUGGGCAGUUAUUAUUAAAACACCGCUGCACUCCCAGUGAUGCCAAUGAAACCAAUGAAGACUGAGUUGAUUUGUGAGAGAGAUUUGUUCUCUGAAGAAAAUUGUGCUCCUAAAUGAAGGAUGAUUAAAUUGAAGGAGUGUUAUAAGAAUUUAUAAACAACUGGAUUCUAUGCUCCAAAAUGGAAUACUACUUACCUUUACAAGACUAGCAACUGUUUGUUUAAGUUUCUUGGACGUGCGUCUGAGUUUCCUGUGCAUUUCUGUCUCCCCUUCCUCCUGAGGGCUGCACCUACAGGUGUCCUUCCAAAAACCAAAGAGGUUUCUGCCUCUUCACCCUGCUACAGUACCAGACAUGGGCCUAUAAUUAACGGGUCUCAAUCUAUAUCCUCAUCAGUGCAUUAUGUACAUUAUGCUUCAAAGCAUUUGCCUUUUCCGCCCAUCUACGGCCUUGCUGGGGUUUCCUAUUCCCACCACAUCUACCCUUCUGUUUCCACUGGCUCCAGCCGCUCACCUGCCCAUCUGCAUCUUUUUCUGUACGUGUGGAGAGUCUUAUAGAAUUCGCUGGAUUAGGAGGAGCUCUCAAAGUAAUGGACUUUUCUUGGCACUGAAUGAAAUUUGGCAACUGGAAUAUGCCAUUCACAAUCUUAUUUAUCCUCCAAACUGGAAGGCCAGAGAAAGAGUGAAAUGACACAGAAGGAAGCGCUGUAUGUUAUGCUGACCUGGGUCAACUCAGUCACUUAAAAUGCUUUCUGUGCGUUGUGUGUGAAGUUCAAGAAUGGCGACGUGUACAGUUGACUCGUUUGUGCUGGGGAAGCGGAGUCGAGAUGUAAUUGGAGUAAUUUGCAACAAUAAUUCAACCCAGGUCAGAUGUUUUCAGGGGGCCACACACUAGGCUACUAAAUGUUUGCCAUGUUGUUGCCUUGCAGCCAUGCCAUUUCCAGAUGUUUCGUUGCUCAACCAUGUCAGUAUUAAUGUGAAUGUCUUCUGGUUUGUGAAACAUAUAAAAAGGGAUACCCUGCAGCAAAAUCAAAAUUUGUCAGAUGUUUUCAUUUGGAAAAACUUUUAGUGGAGAAAAUAAAUUCCACCCUACUUAAGACCAUGAUUGCUGCACCUGUCUAAAUCUUCAGAAGAGUGCCUUUUUUAGGGCACAGCUCACGGCUAUGUGUUGAUAAGUGGAUGUUCUUGUGUGUUUGUAUAUCAAAGUGCCAUUCGUGUAUUUAAUUUCACUCUGAGGUGGUUUACUAUGUGCCAUAAUAAGACCCAAAUGCUAACCCUCUUAACUGCUGUUUUAUACCAUAUACUUUCUAGUCAUUACAAAUGGAACAGUAUGACAUCCUUAAAAGUAUUGUGACAUUCAUACACGUCUGUUUAAAACGUCUGUGUCUGACCAGAAAUCUGACAAUUUUUGAUUUUGAAGUGCACUCUGACUAUAAUGGCUGCCAUGGUGUCUCCUUCUUCUUUCCUACGUAGGCCAGUCAGGACUAUAUAGGUAUGGAAGUCAUGUUACUCGAUAGUCAAGUUGUAUUUUUACCAGGGCUGGAUCCUAGUUUGAGAGCAGCAUGUGUCUUUGAAUGUUAGUUUCUCACUGAUCUAGAGCCCAGAGUCAGGAUUUCAUCAUCAUCAUGUAAUAGUUUCAUGUCAAAACAUAUCCAUCUUCGGGUGUUCAAAGCUGUUAGUAGCAAACACAUUUUCCGUCAGAGUAACUGAAAGUGGACACUUGAAAAUAAAUUACUUGGGCCCAAGUAGUUUAUCAGAGAUCAAACCCAAUAAAAUAUGAUGAGAUGAAACAAGGAAAUCCUCAGAUUCGCAAACGCUGUGCGUUUGUCAGACCUAUUUUGUAUUAUUUUAUAAGCAUCAGUCAACUAGGCAUUAAAGCAACUUACUGUAUAAAUUAUGCAGAGUUAUUUUCAUAUGUGACACAGUAUAAAAAAAAAAAUCAAGAUAAUUAAUACGAGUUGACCUCGGUCAAAAAUGCAAAACCUUUUAAGUCAAUUUCUGCUAAGUAGUUUGUAAGCAUUUAAGCGUUUUUUAUAUCUGUACAUUUGGGCAAUACAUGUUAACAUUUUUGUUUUCUUGUCAUUGUUAUUGUUUCUCAAAAUUCGAUUGUAACAUCCUAAAUACCUUUAAGUGCACAACAUAUUCUUUUGUAUUCCCAAGACCAUAAGUGCCUGCUUGAAUCAUAAUAACCCAAAUAGCCAGGGAUUUCUUUACUCUAUAUGCAACAUGUAAUGAAGAUGGUUUAUUUCCAUUUUGAAUCAUUUGUUUUCGAAAAAAAAAAAAAAUUGGUAGUUUGUCCUGUACAUUGAAGUAUUAUACAUUUUGUAUUUUUAUACAAAACAAUACCAACAGUAUUAAUAUCCACAACCAGCAUCUCCUGGAUAUUUUAGCCUUAAAAAGACCAAAUAAAAAAAAGGGAACAUGUCAUUUGUAGCUUCAAGAAUUUAUUGUAAUGUACCCUUAAUUUCCAUGUUUCACAAGCAUUAUUAAUGAAAGGGAUCUGUGCUACUUCUUAUAUGCAAUGUAUUUUGGAUAUCAAAUAUAUAUUAUAUGUGUGAGGGCAUGAGGAUGUGUGAAUGUGUGCGAGGCUGUGUGUAAUUUUACAAUUAACCAAUGUAUUAUUAUAUUAUUAUUAUUAUUAUUGUUGUCAUUCCUGAAAUGUAUGAAUACCUUUUGGAAAAGGGCUUUUGUAUAGGAAAAUGUGACAAAAUAAAUUUUUACCUCUCAUUUUA